UAUGUGAGAACCAUGUUGUUGUCUGUCGUCGGUAGACCUCUGAACAGACUGAGGCUCUCCGGUGCUUUGACUAAAGCUACAGCAGCGAUGGCAGCAGACGCUCUGACUAAAGUCCCUGUUGUAGAGAUCGAUCCAGAGGGAACCUUUAAGUACAUCCUGGUCAGGGUGAAAGUGAAAGAUGGUGAUGUGCAUAAAGACAUAGUGCGGGGCACAAAAAGUGCAGAAUAUCACAAUCAUAUAUUUGAGAAGGUCAAUCCAGCUAUGGAGGCCUUGGGGAUGGAGUGUAAAUGCCUCGGAGGAGGGAAGAUCGAGCACAACAGCCAAGAGAAGAAACUGAGGGUGUUUGGAGAAUCAACUGCGUUUGGUAAAGCAGACCAUUCUGUGUCUGUAGAGAAGUUGAAGAGCGCCUUCAGCGACUAUGAGAUCACCUGGUCUGACGACAAAAAAUAAGAACCUGCAUCUCUUUUUAAAUGUCUGCAUUUAUUUAUCAGUUCCAAUACGACCCUUCUGUACAACCAUCAUUUAAUUCAAAUACACCUUUCUGCAUUUAA